GCUGGAAGCGGCAAGACGGGAAAUAAGGGGUUUCUUUGAUCAAAACACCACAACACCACCACAACAUCAAAUCCUUUCCCCCCCAACGCUGGUCGACUCUGAAGCUGGUCUGUCCGGCCUAGCCCACCAUCAUUCGCGUUGCAUUGCACUGCAUUGUUCAUCGGAAAACCUACACUUCGGCCACCCCAACGGCCACAUCCUCCCGUCUCUUUGCUUUCGGCCUCACCUCACGGAUGCCAAACCGUCCAUAGCCGAGUUGCUUCUCUCGCGCUCUCUCUGUCACUCUGUGUCUGUGCCAGCCAAUGGUCCUCUCGUCCAGCAUCCCCCCCGUCACAACACCACACACAUACAUACACGCACACGCGCACGCCUACACAAGACAACGGGCACUUGUCUCAUCCACGCCCGGCUGGCAGCAUUCCUUUCACAAAGCAUAUCCGGCACCGCGAGACGGGCCUCCCAUCCCUCCCUUGGGACCCGAAGGACGCCAUUCAUCUGAUCUACUGUGCUCUGCUCUGGCCCGCGUCCAAGAUACAACCUCUUCUUCGUCCUUCCACAUCCUCGUCUUACGUCCUGCUCGCCCUGCAAUACUACAGCAACCCGUGACGACAACCUCAACUCUCAAAACCCAACCCAGCAGAGCCAAAAAUCUGCCUGUUCGACUGGCUACCUACUUGCAGCAGAACAGAUCAGAGUCGACUCUGGUCUGCUUCGACUAGUUCCUUGAACGACUUGCCCCUCGGCUCCGCUCUCCGUCCGCAUCCCUUCCCGGCUGUAUUCGCUCGCUCCCGAGAAACAAAAAUAAAAUACCUACACUGCAAUCUGCAUCCCGUCUAGAAAGAGGCCGGUUUACAUGCAACGGCAGUCGGGGUUACCCAGGCAUCUCGAAACCGCUGCGAGGUUGUCCUGCGUUAAGCUCUGACCCUGCACACACCCCUAGUUGGGCCGCCGGCCAGUUGUCUUUCCGUCGCAUUGCCCACCAUGUCGCAGCUUGCGCUCCAGACUCAGAGUGCCCAGGGCUCAACUUCAGAUCCUGAUGCUUCUGGUACGACUUCCUCGUCUGGACUUCCUGUUGACGCAGCCGCUUCUGCUUCUGCUUCGGCCGUUGCUUUUGCUGCUGCUGAUGCUGCUCCACGUCGUUCUGCUAUCGUCCCCGUUGCUCAUCAUCACCCUCGCCUCCCUCACCAAAAACAUCCUCUUCACCGGCUGCAGGUCGCAGACGUCUCCUCUUACUCCCCUUCUUCCAAGGAUGGCCCCACGACAGGCCUCUUGAUCCCAGCAUCCGAUCCUGCAAGCAUUAGCAACAACAGCACCACCACCGCCAAUACAAGCAUCGCUGCCGCUACCGCUGCCAGUCACACUCCUAGCAGUGCGACCAGCCCUCUUCUUACUCCAUCUCCAAGAUCCCCUCGGCGCCCGAUACCUAGUCCCCUCCACGAGAGUACCGCCAUUUCUUCGCCGACGAGCCCUUUCUCUCCUCGAUCGUCAUCUUUCUUCCCACCCGGGGCAAGAUUUCAUACCCACCGGUCUCGAACUGUCCCAGACAUAGUCACGACGCCAACCGACGACUUCCGCUCUCCAGUAGAUCUUUCGGGAGAACCGCAGACAUAUUACCAAAGCGAUUCGUCCUGCUCAUCCACGCCCGAACGCAGCACACUACGUCACAGUAGACCGAGAAUAUCACCGCUCCCUACGAAUGAUAACCGAAGCGCUUCCGAACCUGUUUUGAUAUCUAGGCCUCUCGCAGGCCCCCUCCGAUCUCCAAUGUCUUCUUCCGGAGGAUUGGCCGCUGCAUCGCGGGGCAAACAGAGCAAAGGAGCGCCGCGGAACUCCUCCAUGGACUCUGCUAUUUCAGCCAUCUCCACAAAGUCACAGCCGCACAGAGGCGCAGCUGGUAGUCAGUCUGAUCCCACAGACAUUGAGGGAUUGAUCAAGACUGCAGGCAGCCCGGAAGCGGUGAUCCAGUACCUGUUGAAAGAGAAGAACUCGCAAUCGCAACAGAACGCGCAGUUAUGGCGCUUGGUCGACAAGCAGAGGGCCAUGAUUUUGGGCCUCAACAAAGACUUGGAACGGGCCUUGAAAGACAAGGAGAAGUAUCGAAAGAAAUUGAAAGAAGUAAUGUCAAUACCGGAAUUGACAGGCGCAGACGGAUCGAAAACUAGCAGCAAGGUCCUCAAGAUGCCCGUUAGUAGAGGAAUACCGACAGUCGACGUCAGCGCUCCCAAGGAGCGACAAGUCGUUGCACCGGACUCGCCAACUCUAGACUCCGACAGCCAGAAGCACUCACCCGUGGAUAUGGCCAUGGCCCCCUACCCGAUUACACCUCCUGCAGACCAGCCCAACGGCCCUCCAUCAGCAGUUGGUGCUCUACUAGACCCAUCUCACGAGAUGCCCAAAGCACAUGAGCACGCUUACGAUCAGUACAACCAUGAUGCCGAGGAACAAGCAGCAGAAGCGGCACGGAGGGAGCAUGAGGACGAGCAAAUCAUGGACCUUCCCCUGAAUUUCGGUCUUCCGCCAUCCCGAAGCCUACCGAGCCAGCCGCCAAGCAUGCCUCCCCCUAAGCCUCCUGGAGUAUCAGAGCCAGCAUCGGCAGCCAGCGAGGGCAUUUCGCAGUUUCCUGCCCCACCACCGCGGAAACCUCCCCCGGCUCCUCUGCAGCUCCAGAGCCAAUCUCAACCAGCUGCUGAGGACGAUGACUCUGACUCCGACUUCGACGACAUUCUAGAGGUGGACGAAAUCCUCACUGAGCAACGCGGUCGCCGUAGAACACGUGAAGAGGACGACCAGGACCGGGAGAUCUUGGCCAUUCAAGAGGCGGAGAGGAGGAGCUUAUCCAAGAAGAGCGCAACGCAGAGUCAGACUACCUCACCGACUGAGGGCAUUCCUGAGGCCCCAACGGGCUUGCCACCAAGCCCCCCGAAGAGGAUGCAGCGUGAGAACAUCCCAGCUUCUCUAGGCUCAGUUCUGAAUGCAACCACUCUCGAAGCUCCCUUGCUGAGCCCCGGGCUACCAUCAAGCCCGCGUCCCAUGGGCGGUCUGUCAUCAUCUGAUAGCCCUGCGCCCAGUGUUUCUUCAUUUCCUGCCGCGCCCCUGUCGCCACGGCCACCUCGCCAGCCGAUUCCUCUCCCACCGGGCCACUCUCUCCAAACACCGUCCGGCCCAGAGCCUAUGGUUCUCAAGAGCCCUCAACCUCUGAACAUUGUCAAGAAGGGAUGGGAUUCAGCCAGCGAGAAGAGCCGUGGCAGUCCGACCGAGCGUGGUCGCAUCUUCAAGGGAUUCACCACUGAGGAAUACCCCGAUCUGCUCCUGCCACCAAACGUCUUGCCGAAUAUUAAGGUGAAGGUUGCGUCCUCGCGCAUGAAACCAUCUCGGGCAAGUUUGAUGUCUUUGACACAACUGGAAGAGGAUCCGGUGUUUACCCUUGCCAUUUUCUCCCGUUCCGAACCGGGCGAGCUUUGGCGGGUUGAGAAGGACUCUGCUUCGCUCGCAAAGCUCGACCAAAGGUUGAAACAGUGUUCAGCCUUCACUGCGAAGACCCCAGAGAGGUCGCUCUUCAGUGGCCACGCGCCUGCUAAGCUCGACGCGCGGCGAAUCGCUCUCAACCACUACCUGGAAGAGCUUCUGGAGACUCCUUUGGAUACCGCUAGUGCUCUUGAGCUCUGCAAGUAUCUGUCCACUCACACGUUGCCACCAAACGCAGACGACGCCGGCUCGAUGGAGAGCAUGGCGGAAGCCAAGGUUAAGACUGGUCCUGGCGGUCGCCCAUUCAGAACCGGAUAUCUCACCAAGCGAGGCAAGAACUUUGGUGGCUGGAAAGCCCGCUUCUUUGUCCUCGAUGGACCGCAUCUCAAGUAUUACGAAACGCCCGGAGGCGCUCACUUGGGCACCAUCAAGCUUCCCAGCUCUCAGAUCGGCAAACAGUCCCAGAGCAACGAAAAUCAGUCACCGCAACCGUCUGCCAACUCAGAUGACAUGGACAACCAGUACCGCCAUGCCUUCCUGAUUCUUGAGCCAAAGAAGAAAGAUUCUACCAGCCAUGUGAAGCACGUUCUCUGUGCCGAGAAUGACAGGGAAAGAGACCAGUGGGUCGACGCUUUACUUAGGUGGAUUGAUUAUAAGGAUCCGGAAGAAGAUGAGGCCCAUGCCGCGAAGCAGCAGACUCAAGAUCGCCAGCAUGCUAGCGCAGCUGAGCGUGCCGAAAAGAAGAAGCAGCGAUACAAGAAGACCGCUUCCCAGCACCACCAUCAGCCCACUGAGUCCGACAGCCUCAUAGGCGUGAGAUACGAUGCGACAUCUCAAGGCGACCUUCCCCACCAUGGCGGACCUGCGCGCCCCAAAAAUCCUGGACACAUGCCAGAGAACAGCCACCCUGUUGAACCCAUGGGAAUGUCUUCGCAGCCAUCCAUGAUGAUCUCUGCCCCACGGGAUAUGCAAGUCAUUGCCGACUCUGCGCAGUGGGGAAAUAGAGCAGGACUUGGCGUUCCCGUCAACGAGGAGAAGAAGCUGAAAAAGCGAAGCUUUUUCGGGUUUGGCCCCAAGACGAGAUCAUCAUCUGACGGCCAGGAUUCUCUGUUUGGUGGAAGCGAAGGCGGCUCCUCAACACCUCCCCAGGGCGGAUACCAGGGACCCAUUCGCCAAGCCUUUGGGGCUCCUUUGGCCGAAGCCGUUCGCUACAACCACCCUGUUGACGUGAACGUGCCUCUCCCCGCCGUCGUGUAUCGAUGCAUUCAAUACUUGGACGCCAAGAACGCAAUUCUGGAGGAAGGCAUUUUCCGCCUGAGCGGCUCAAACGUCGUUAUCAAGCAGCUUCGUGAGCGCUUCAACACAGAGGGCGAUGUCAACCUGGUUACCGACGAGACUUACUACGACAUUCAUGCUGUGGCGUCACUUUUGAAGUUGUAUCUCCGUGAACUUCCGACAACAAUACUCACCCGGGACCUCCACCUCGAGUUCCUCUCGGUGACGGAGAUGACCGACCAAAGAGACAAAAUCGCCGCUGUGUCUGAAUUGGUUCAAAGGCUACCCCAAGCAAACGCCACUCUACUCAAGUAUCUGAUUGCGUUUUUGAUCAAGAUUAUCAACAACGCAGACAUGAACAAGAUGACGGUCCGCAACGUCGGCAUCGUAUUUUCUCCAACUCUGAACAUCCCGGCACCGGUAUUUGCCCUGCUGUUGCAAAACUACUUUGGCAUCUUCGGCUUGGAGCCCGAGCAGUAUGAGCUGCCGUCUUCAUUCGCCGAAGGAGAGACGGGUCGAGAAAGAUCAGGCUCCCUGCCCUCGAUGAACAAUGGGCUUCCGAACCGGCCUUCUUACGACCCUUCCCAACAUGCGCGUCCUUCCACAUCAGCGGGGUCCAGUCAAUCACCGCAUCGCCAGAGACUAAUGGAUGCCAUGACUGGCCAGCAACGCACCGGGAACACUCCCCCUCCUCUGCUCCAGGACCUGCAGAGCGCUCGGCAAUCUCCCACACCGCCACCAAAUUAUCCUGUCGGCCGUGGCACAACAUAUGAGCCUCAGUACAUGCCAUCAGGAUACCAGAACAACAAUUACCAGCAAAUGGCUCGCGGCUACGACAAUGGUUCCUCAGGAUACGACCAACAUAAGAGACGCGAAAGCGCCAUCUUCAUGGGUAACGUGGUCGGCCUCAACCCACAAAGUUCCAAGAGUCGAUUGCGAGAAGAGACCCAGUUCUGAGAUGCCUUACAUCGUCUCUCGUGAGUCUGGUUGCUCUAGGCCUCACUUUCACUCCCUCAUUACGCAAACAUACCCACUCGUUCACACGCAGCGUUGAUACCAUGCCUUGCAUAUUUUUCUUCACGUUUUAUUUCUUAAUGCCAGCCCAAGAGGCAUGGACGACAUGAUGGCGCCAAUAUACCCGAACAUAUCACAUCAAUCCGGACCGGCGCCGAGCGCUCCACUUCUAUCUAAUACCGAUCAUCACCUACAAAUCUCAAGCCUCUUUGAAUUGUCCAUUGUUUCAUAUUCGCGAGCCGAAGUAGGAGUGAGCUGGACAUGGAGCGCCUGAUGGCAAAGUGGAACAUCCAACAAGUCCGAGGGAUAACAUUUGUAUCAUGUGGACACAGGAAACACUGCUGUUCAGGGUGCCGCUGUCACCCAUGUGGUGUUUGGUGGCUUAUGCUUGCUUUGUUUCACAGAUCUCAGCAUGGCGUUGACGGUGAUGAGCUGCGAGUGGCACCUCGUCUCAUGGUUUCCGGGAUCGCAUGCAGCGAAGGUAUGGCUUUGGCAU